AUGAAGUGGUUUGAACAUGUCCAGAGGAGGGAUAGUCGAUAUAUUGGACAAAGGAUCUUGAAGAUGAAGCUGGCAGGCAGGAGGAAAUGUGGAAGGCCUCAGAGAAGAUUCAUACAUGUAGAAAAGGAGGACAUGCAGAGGGUUGGUGUGACAGAUGAUGCUGAGAACAGGAUGCAGACUAUAAAGCUCGUGGUGGUGGGUGAUCGUGAUUCAGGAAAGCAUGAAUUGCUCCUGACCUAUACAGGCACAGCCUUAAAGGAAGAACACAUACCCAUAGUGUUUGACAACUAUGCUGUGACAGUGAUUGUUGGUGGAGAGGCGUACACUCUGGAAUUAAAUGACACUACAGGUCAGGAAGAUUAUCAUACACUGCGACCCUUCAACUACCUUCAGACUGACAUCUUGCUUCUGUGUUUCUCUGUCGUAUCACCGUCAUCUUUCAAGAACAUCACAGAGAAGUGGGUGCCAGAGAUUUCACACCACUGCCCGGGGACGCCCUUCCUGUUGGUCGGGACUCAGGUGCAUUUAAGAGAUGACAGCCACACCCUGGAGAAGCUGGCCCAGAGAAACCAACACGCUGUGACCUUCACGAGUGGAGAGGAAGUGGCUCGUAAGCUGAAGGCAGUCAAAUACGUGGAGUGUUCAGCUGAGACACAGGAAGGAUUGAAGAACGUGUUUGAUGAGGCUAUUCUUGCUGCUCUUGAACCUCCAGAUACUAAAUCCAAGAAGCUCUGCAUCCUGCUAUAGAUGCCACAAGAAGAAGAGAACAAGGAGGAGACGGUGGAGGUGUAGAUUAGAGAUAAGAGAAUAUAGCAGUAGGACAGGUGUACCUAAU